AUGCUGCCGACAGUGGCAAGUCAAUACGCCAAAGACAUUGACGAGGAAACAGCCGAACUAUUAGCUGCCCUCGUACAAGAAGUUGAUAUUAGACAUCAAAUGGAGCAUUUAUCAGAUUUUCUGAUGUUGGCAAAGGAGAAUUAUUCACAUUUUAAAGACUUAUAUUUGUCAACAAUUGAAGAUUUGAUGACAAGGCAGUUUUUCAUUGGUGAUCCACUUCGAAUCAGUGUUUUACCCUCCACCGAAAGGUAACGGGUCGAUCUAUCUAUCUCACUUAAUUUUGAUUGGAUUUUAUAGAGAAAGAGAUCUGACACAUUUUUCAGUUUAUGUGAGCCUUCAUUACCAAACAGAGACUUUUCGAAUUAACUUUUUUGAGGUGAUGCAUAAAGGAUAUCAGUGCUUAACAAAAACGAGUUUGUCCAAAAUCUAAUAUGAAGUUACGGUAAAGCUUGAUAUUAGAAAAGUACCCAAUGAAAAACGGAACAAAAUGGUAUAUGAACCAUAGUUACGUACCAUAUUAUUAAGGAGAAAUGGUUUAUUUUCAAGCAUCCCCUAUCUAGUGAUCAUGCUUGAGUGGUCAUGUUUUCCCAUUUUCUCCCAUAAGCAAGAGAGGAUUCAACUACUCUUUAGUAUAGGAAAAGAGCUCUUGGGAAACUGUACAAUAUUUUGCGUAAACAAAUUCUAUUGGCUCAAUCCAUUAUAAUUCAAGUACGAAAAAAAUCAAGGAAGUUUGUUAAAAAUUAGAUAAAUUCCAUCUAAAUUCAUAGAAAAAAUAGAUUAUUCCAUCUAAUAUAGGUUUGUACUAGAUUCUGGGAUUUUUUCCAGGAAAACAAAUAUUGCCACCAGAUUCAGCUUUGUUGAUUAUCUCUGUUUCAUCUUAUUUUCAGGCUAUGAACAGUCGUUAGGCAGCAGUCAUGACACUGUCGCGAAAUCCGACGCCACACCUAAACCCAAGAGGGAAAAUACGACGUUUUUCUUUCUUAGCAUCGGAUGGUGAGCAUCUCAAGCUUCAAGAAACAUUUCAACGGCUCCGGAAAGCUCCCGGAGCCGCCUUUCCUCCUUCGCUAAACCGUUUACAAUGAAAGUCUCACAUAACUCCCAUGUUGAAGACCAUAUUUUGGACUAUUCGUCCAUGUAAAAAAUGAAUCUGUUUCUACCUGAAUCCUUGAAGAAAUAGACUAUUUUUCCAGAGAUCUUCCAGAAAUCCUACUCUCGAAGAAGACCUUUAAAAUUUUCUCUGUUAAGAACAGACGUGAUCAAGUGUGCUUUUCGAAUAGUGAAAGUUCGAACUCUCUAGUUCUUUUCGUUCUCGACUUAUUCGGAACGAGAACACUGCUUUUUUUCAAUAAUACUUCUAACUAAACAUGUAAAAUGCUUCCUUGACAAAGUCUGUUAGAGCAAGGAAAAAUUAAACAAUGAAGUUUACUCACAUUUUUUACAUUUUUAUUUUAGCGAAUUUAACAACCGCUGCGGUCUGUAGUGUUACAACCUGUAUCAACUCGAUAACGCUAUUUCAUGAGAAAGAAGUUACUUAUUGGUCAUUUGAUAGUACAACGAUUGAUUUAAAUUUAUUAUACAGUGGUCUAGCAUUCAACUCACCAACGUAUUCAGGCAGCCAAACAUUUUCCGGACAGUGCAUUCAAUUUGAUAAUACCGCUACUCAAUAUGUCAGCGUGCCAUUCAUCGAUCUCACUUAUCGAAGUUUCACAAUUCCAGCUUGGAUUUUUAUUGAUUAGUCGUUUAGGACACUAGUCACUUCUGGACACCUAUGGGUAGCGUAGCACACCCACUUCGCGAUGAGUCGGUUUAGACGUACUUAGUAGAUGGUCAUAUCCGCGAAGUAUCACUGGUGAGCAGGCAUUAUUUGGGCAGUGUGCAUCCUCAUCAGUAGCUGAUCAGUGUCUUUCACUAAAUAUCAGAAAUGGGCAUUUACACAUGAGUUUUAAUCUUGAUAAUGAAAUAUUUGCUUCUUCCGUACUGAGUACAGAAAACUGGCAUCACGUUACUUUUGUCUACGAUUACUCUGUCCUGCAACAAUUGAUUUAUUAUAAUGGCGUUCUCGAUGCAUCAUCGGCUUCUCUCGGUUCUUCCGGUCCCUACAUUGGAAGUACAGGGAGCUUUACGAUUGGUUACACUAACUAUUCAAACACCUACUAUUAUGGUUCGAUAGAUAAUCUGAUUAUUAGUAAUUACGCAAAAUCAGCUUGUCAAAUUUUGAAUGAUGCCAACCCUUUCUGCUCACUAUCCGCUUGACUCGACGACUCACCCUUGCCUUGGCUAUGGUCAAUACUUUCUUAAUGGUUUUGCGUCACAAACAUCAAGUGUAACUAGUCGGGUAAACCAAGCAAUUUCGUUCAGUUUGAAUAGUGCUUAUUUUCUAGCCCAAGUCUUCAGUAUGCAUAAUUCAAAUCCACCAUUUACAGUCGUGCUUUGGGUGAGUAUAACAAAUAUCACUAGUGGAACAAUAAUACACAUAUCUCAACAGUCAACUGAUGCUUCUGUACUUUGUUUUGAUCUGCUCGUUCUAACUUCGAGCGAAACUCUUGUUGCACAAACGUAUAAUAACAAUUUCGGAGCAAAUAACAUAACGACAAUUCAGUCCUCAAUUUUGAAACGGAAUUCAUGGACGCAUAUAACACUCUCCUAUUCUCAACCAAAUGGCAUGAGAUUGUGUUUGAAUGGGGUAUUAAACGCCUUUACAACUGGCAGUCUGUCAAUGACUCACGAGGGAAUAUAUCCAACUGUCAAAUCACUUUCGAGCCGAAACCUAGUGGACUAUAGGUAGUCGAUCAUGCUGAUUCCGAAUGUGAUAGCCGUUUUUCCCCAUAGACCUUUCCUAACCGGUUUCUGAAAAACUAGUUAGAACCUAAAUUCAUCUUCCUUCUUCUUUCUGUAGCUCUGAGGUGACAAUAAACAUUUAGGGCUUUUCUUGUGAAUUCUAUAACUUUGCAAAGAAAGGUCAUGUAGAGCUGGGAGAUGUCUCAUUUUAAUCAGAAUUUCGCG